AUGUGCAAACGCGAUCAUCCGGAGGUGGACCAGGAGGCGUCUAGGCAAGCGCUCAUCAAGGCAGAAACGAUAAUCAUGGAGUAUCUCGAAGCACUGGUGACAUCUGGGUUCAUAACCGUGAGAGAGUACAUAUCGUUCAAGGGGGUGAGCGCUGAGAGGUACCGCCACAAGAUGCGUGGGGAUCUUUGUUCUCAUGCCGAGGGAACGCUGAUUCCCGAGCUGCAGCGCCAGGGUCUCCGCAUACCUCUGCAGCCUGUUCCCGUUAUCGACGACAACGGAUACAUCUGCGUCGACCCUCUCGUGGACAUCCGAAGAGAGCUGCUAGACCACAAGGAGAAGUUCGUUGUGAUUGAGCACGACAUACAAGUUCUGGCAGCCAAGAUCGAGUAUCUGGCCAUCCGCAAAGGCGUGACGUCGGACGAGCUGGACGCAGGGGCGCGCCAACACCUUGGUGCCGUGGUGGACACGCUGGUAGAGUCGGCGACUCCACGCAAGCACGCUAAAGCAGACCCUACCGCGGACAGAAGUGGCCCAAUGGAAGUCGCGCAGACUCCACCGAAGCGUGCACUGGCGGCAGUGCCAUCAAUCUCUCCCUGUCUUGCACCUCACACACCUGCCGUGAAAGAUAGCCAAGUUACUGCCGGAGACGCGACACCUGCUGUGGUCAGGCAACAACAGCGCGACCAGCUUGCAGUGGCUUUGCGCAGUCGCGCUAAGACUCCCGUGCCCGCAGCUCCAGGUAACCCCGGGCGGGUCGCAAGCAGCGGCCGGGUGGGAGUUAUGUGGAACGCAGAGAAGCAGAGGUACUACGUCCGGAUCAUAUCUGCUCGCAGUCAGCAGGUUCGUCUGGGGUCGUACGAGGACAAGGACGAGGCGUCAUACGCGUAUGCUGCGGCAGCCGUUGUACUUCGCCCGAACUCACGCAUCAGCUGCACGGUUGAGCUGUCCGACGGUGACAGGCAGGCUUUAGCCGGUUGCACAGAGGAGAUCCUAAGGCUACUCGUGAAGUACAGGCGCUGGAACAGAUGGAGGGAGUGGCGUGCCGCAAUGGCUGGCCUGGACGACGCGCAGGCGGUCGAGACCCGUUCGCGGCGAAAGGGCAGAGCGUCCCGGGCCAGUAGUGACGUUGAGGAGGUGCAGGCGAUCACGCCGACUACAGAGGACCAGCCUAUGGCUGAAGAGCCAGAGGACCGAACAGAGGACUACACGGAUGACGACGAGUCCGUUGACGAUGAUGCUGUGUAUGAACCUGGAUCCGAUACUUUCGGCGAAGAUGAUGGAUGGGAGGAUGUCAACCGUGCAGAGGAGACUCGAGAAGUGCGGCUGCAGAUAUGCAGCGCCAACGCUGUCGGGGCCGUCGACGCGGAGGCAGCCUGCACGCCCAUUGUCGCCAACGCACCGCAAGGGGAGGAGGACACGGAGGCCGUGAAGGAACGCCUGAUAGACGAGUUAAUGGACGGCGAAGAUGAGGACGACGAGGAAGGAAACGGUGGUGGUCAGUCGUCAAGCAACGAUCCGUGUGGCGAGAACGGAUCAGAGGAGGAGCAGGCCACGAAAGCGCCACAUUCGAGGAAGCGGAUAGAUGCAGCCGAUGGCCAAGUCACACGCGUGGAAUUUGAUGCGUUGCGUGAUUCCCAGAAUGAUACCGCGAAGACACUGGCUCGUCUUGAGUCACACGUACUGACCAUCAUCCGCCUUGGCGAACGGCGUAAGCGCAAGCGGGCGUCCACAAGUGCCGCAGCUUCGCUCGGCCGAGAAGCUUUGAAGCGGAAACGCCAGUCAGAUGAUGACGAAGAAUCAACGUGCGAUGAGGACGACUUGCCGGCGAAAGUGGCACGGCACGCGCGUCACGACAAGUCGCCAGUGCUCCAAACCGCCCUUGACAUCCUUCCAGCGGAGAAGGCUUGGAAGAUCACGGACGCCAUUGUCAACUGGGAGAAGCGCAAGGGGAAACUGCACAACUCUCCGUGCGAGAAUGGCGCUUCUGUGCGGAGGAUUCAGAAGCUGGCCUUCGAUGCCAUUGCGGAUGCAGUAUGCCGGAAUGAAGUGCCCUACGACGAGGAGAAGAAGUCCUGGAAGUGGGGCAGGCAUGGGCUCCGCCUUUCAUCUUGCGGCCUGGAAUGCCUCCUGGAAGAUGAAGCAGCCUCCGAAGACGAAAAACAUGAGUCCUCCGCGUCGGAGGCAUCGGAUAGUGAAACAGAUGGUUGA